CUUGACAAGCCUUCUUCUUUAAGAGGCGCAUCCUUGAAAUUUCAACCAGCAAUAAGGACCGAGAUCUGAAAACUAUUUAAAUAAAUCGUUACCAAGACGAACACCUUAGCCAGGUUGAAAUACUUUCUUUUUAAAAGCUUUUUUUGUGUUGUUCUAUAGAGCUUUCAAAUUCAACGUAAAAAGGAUUCAAAACGUUGUAAAAAUGAUGACGACCAAUGGACCAUCUUCCCAAUAAGACAAAACCAAAGAAUCACAAGAAACAAAAAUCAAACAUUUGGUGGUCAAACUUGAGUUUUUUAAGUUUUUUUAAUUGAUCAAUGACACCCAAGAUGCUUUGUAGGGCUAUAUCAUUGCUGAACAUCGUCAUGACGAUAACGACCUUUGCAACCCUUCGAGUCCAGGCGGCACCCACUGACCGAGAACUGGUGAAAGCCCCGGAUCUUCAUCCCAGCCUUACCCAUUUGUCAGCUGUACCCCCAAGGUCUUCAGCGCUGGGUCAUAGCCAGCUCCUCAGACAAUGGCAUUCUAGUAGCAGGAUGAGAAGAGCAGACAGAACCACUUCGAGGACAUUUACUGCUGCCAUGCGAACUCACCCCGGGCAAGACGGCUUAGAAAAGCGGACCCAGAUGCUGAAGAUGAUGUCACUCCUGGAGGAGAUGCACCGAACCUUUAACAGUACACUCAGCACACGAAUUACCUUCCUUCCAAGAGCAAAUGGCAGAAAUUCUGGACGGAAAAAUAAAGUGGUGGGGGUGUUUCCCAGCACCGUCACCCCAGCAGCUAAUGAAAGCACUGUAUCCCGAGCCAGUGCCGAUGCCCUUAUUCCCAGCCUGACUGGUCGGAACUUCCGAAAGUCCCUCCCGCCACAACCCAAGAAGACAAACAAACGAGUAUGUUUCUGGAAGUACUGCUCCCAGAACUGACUGGACGUCACCCAGCAUAAUCCCCUCCACUUCUUCUUCCAUACUGCUCCCGUGGGCAAGUGUUUGACCUCUGCGUGCUAGGCAACGUCGCUGUGGCAUCAGGAAGGCUGGGGCCUUCUCCCGUGGCGGCGCCAGCUUGGACUUAGACCUUUUCAACCAACUCGUUAAUUAACAAAAGUGACCAAUCAAAGAAGACGAUGUGUGCUCACGGCCGGGCACAUGAAGAAACCUUCCCAAUUAAUAUCCCCCUCCCAUAUGUUUUAUGUGAAGACAGGUGCACAUUGUUUUUCUAUGUGUAUGCCAUGUUUAAUAAAGGCAUUCUCUAACAUAGCAACAACUUCUGGCAAC